AUGGAGGCGCCCGCAGCCGGGGACGAGCUGGGCAGCACCCCAGAGCCCACUAUUGUCCAGCCUGCCGGGACGACCGCCCCCCCGCCCUACCCUGCCCGGGACUCGCAGCAAGGGGAGCAGCUGCACCUCGGGGAGAGCGCGCAGUUCAGCGAAGAGCUGGAAGACCGAGGUUUGCUAGAAAGCAGUACCAGGUUAAAACCUCAUGAAGCUCAGAGCUACAGAAAGAAGGCACUGUGGGUUUCAUGGGCCUCCAUUAUUGUCACACUAGCACUUGCAGUUGCAGCCUUCACUGUCUCCGUAAUGAGGUACAGCGCUUCAUCAUUUGGAUUUGCGUUUGACGCCACUUUGGACGUUUUGUCAUCUGUGAUAGUUCUGUGGCGCUACAGUAAUGCCGCCGCCGUACAUUCAGCGCAGAGAGAAUACUUAGCUUGUGCCAUCUUGGGUGUGAUAUUUCUUCUGUCUUCUCUAUGUAUAGUGAUCAAAGCCAUCCAUGACCUUGCAACUAAGUUGCUCCCAGAAGUG